AUGCCCUCCCGCCUCCUGAUCCUCCUGCUCCACCACCACCUUUGUAUCCUGCUGCUCCUGCUGCUAAUGGAACAAUACCGUCGCUCGCUAUCGCUCGUCUGCAUUGCUGCAGUUUCCGUAGCCUGCCUUCUGUUCCUGGUGUUUCCGCAAGAGAAGGUUAAGAAUGAAGAGCUAAGUCUAAGGACGGCACUGCUGCAGCUCUCUCAUGCUGCCAGAGCCAAGCAGCGAGCUAGCAAGCAAGCUCUUCUAGAAGACUCAGCUGACAAGGAUCUGAGUGUGGCCGCGGCGAUCAAGGGAGCAGUCGGUUCCAGGAGUGAGGAAGGAGCGGAUCUAGUCAAGAAUGAGCCAGACGUUGACUUGGACGCGAUCAAGAAAGUUCAAGAGGAAAUCCAGCAGCAGGCAGAUCAGGAGAUCGAUGCAGCGGUAUCCACCGCGAAGGAUGCGGCACAAGUGUCCUAUCAGCAGUCAAGGAGCAAGUUCAUGGAGAUGGAGAAGAACAAUCCGAAUGCAGCCACGGAUGGAUCUGUGGAGAUUUAUCCUCCCGAAGGGUCUCCAGACAGACCGGUAGGAUAUGCGAGGAAAGCUUCCCGGCCGCUUCUUCAGAUUCGAAGAGCCGUGAGCACCAGGGAGCCUCCAGGUCUGAAGGGCACGAGGAUGCAAUCUAAGACGUCCAUCCUCCACGAACAUGACCUGUUGUUGAUGAUCAAGGACUCGAUGGAGAAGCGAUUGGAAGAAAUCGAGAAGGAUUUGAGCGAGCAAGAGGCGAAGGAUAAGGCAGCUGAUGAUGACAAGGAUGCUCAGGCGAAUUCCUUGUAUCGACAGGCCAUCAAAGACUUCAUCGUCAAGCUCCAAGACGCCAUCGAGCAGCCCCUCGGCCAGCAGCCACGUGACCAGCACCAGGACCAGCACCAGGACCAGCAGGACCAGAGCUGGGAGGAGGACAUCGAGAAGCAGCUGGAGGACUCUCAGAGGAGCUGGAGGAGCAGCGUCAUCAACUCCAUGUCCUGCUCCUGCCCAGCUCUCAACCAGUCUGACUUGCCCAGCAGGAGGGGGAGCAGAGCUGGGAAGGCGGCCAUGACCAACAGUGUGCUGACCGACUGCGGGCUAGUGAAGGGUCUCAAGGAAAAGAGCCUGAGAGUCUUCAAGGGCAUCCCCUACGCCAAACCUCCAACAGGCUUCCGAAGAUGGAGACCCUCCUCUGCUCUCAGCGCAGGUGGAGACGGCAAGGAGCUGAGCAUGUGCUGGGAGGGAACUCUCUAUGCCACAGAGUUCGGCUCUGUCUGCCCGCAGGUACUCGACCCUUUCUUCAAGCUAACAGAGCAAAUGGUCUCCUUGUCGUCGACGGAGUUCUCAUCGAAGAGAGUCUACAGCAGUCGAUCGCUAAGGAAGGUCCUCCCUGUGCCGAUGAUGAUCACUGUCAUGGCGGAAGAGAGCGACUUUGCGCCUGCUCAGCUCAUCUCCUCCGAAUCAGACCUCAAGAUGGUCCUGCAGAACACUCUGGGAACUCUUGGCAAUUUCUGGACAGAAGACAAGGGCUCCAGCAGCUGGCAGAAAGAAGUCGAGUCUCAAUAUCCACUCGUGGACUACGACAGUGCCCAGCAGGCAUACGAGGCGAUGGUCACCGACGUUCGCUUCCUCUGCCCAUGGAAGUUCUUCGCUGCUCAGCUCGCCUUUGCCUCUACUCACCCCAUCUACUUCGCUGUCAAUAGGAUGAGAUUGAGGGAGCCUGUGCAAGUCUUCGCGCUCUCUUCGAGCGGCAUAACAGCAGCAGGAUCGAUCGACGAAGGAGCAGGAGGACGAGCGAGAUACUCGUUCCACGGCCUUGACAUGAUGAUGUACAUGCAGGACGAGCAGAACUUCCAGUUCUCUGCCCGCGAUGCUCCUCUCCUCCACAACCUCCAGUCACUGCUUGAUCACUUCGUGACCUCCGGCUCCACCCAAGGAAGCUCCUACUUCUCCACACCGAGUCUGCUUUCCUACAAGUGGAAGCCUGUGACCGACUCGCCAAAUUUCUUCACUUCGGAGAUGCUGGCAACAGGGAACGUGGACACAGCAGUUCUCCUCGAAGACGGAGACCUCAAGAUGGUCGACGACUACCGGGAUGCUCAGUGCAAGCUCUGGUCGAACUCGCGUGUUGACUUGCUACAUGCUGCUGCAUGA